AUGAUGGCGUGGAGCUGCGGUCUGCUGCUGCUGUGCGUGGUGGGCGUGACGGGAAGGAGUCCAGUGGAUGAGGAACUCAUUGCAGCCGAGGUGGACGAGACGGUGCGCGCAUUUGCGACUGUGGAGAAGCAGCUGAACGCGGCGCAACAAAUGUCCGAGCUCUUCUCCUUGGAGCACACGCAGUUGCAGCUGCUCUCCCUGGAAACGCGAGCCAAACUGUCUGUCAUACAGGAAGAAGUAGAGAAAGAAAUGGAGACGGCAAUGCGUGAAGUGAGUCAGGUGCGUCAAGACGCACUGGAGAACGUGACGACGUGGCAGAAGACGCUACAAGGACUUAAAGAAGCCACGCAGAAGAACAAGCAGACGCUACAGAAGAUCAGAGAGGAGAAGGAGAAUCACACACGAGAUAUUCAAAGAGAAUUGAAGCUGCAACAAGCACAAGAAGCGAAAGUUAAGAGACAGUUGGAAAUGUUACAAGAGCUGGAGAGACAGCGAGCGUUAGAGAAGCAACUGGAGCAGCAGGAGGUGAAUAGAUUGCAGGAAUUGGACCAACAAGAGCUUGAGAAGCAGCGAGCUCUACAUCAGCUACGAAUAUUGGAAAAGGAGACGCAACAAAAGCUGCAGAAGGAGCAGAAAAUGACGACAACUAGUAGCUCGUACUUAACGCAGAGCGAGAAUACUCCGUCCUUGGAGGAAGUUGAGCGUGCGAGCACAGUAAAGAGAGUGCUGACUUGCGACCUCAGUUUAUCGACAGCUGGUGCUGCCUGUGGCGCCGAGCGCCGCCGCUACGCGGCGUUUAGCGUCGUGAUCGAUUUCACGGGCCGUUUCUGA